GUGUCGGACUGCGUCACGACCAAUCAGCGCUCGUACCUGGAGCGCGCCUCGGCCGUCGUGUUUCACCCGAUGGAGUUUAGCGACCUCGACCUGCCCUCCUGGCGCCAUCCGGACCAGCUCUGGGUGUUCUUCAUGCUGGAGAGCCCGCCGCAUACGACCGCCAAGUUCACGGAGGCCACGCGGCACCUGUUCAACCUCACUGUGACCUACAGGCGGGACUCGGACAUACGCCAGCCGUACUUCGUGGUGGAGCGACUGCCGGAGAGCGAGCGGCGGCCGGCCCAGGUCGCCACCGGCCGGCCCACGCCGCCCUGGGCCGCGCUCGCGCGGAGGAAGGGCCGCCUGCCGUGGGUGGUCUCCCACUGCAGGACGCCCGGCAAGCGCGAGGAGUUUGUCGAGGAGCUGCGCAGCUACAUCGCGGUGGACGUGUUCGGGCGCUGUGGCCCGCUGAAGUGUUCCCCGCCUGGCGGACUCUUCACCCUGCCCGAUCCGCGCACUUGCUACCGCCACCUGGCCGAAAACUACCACUUCUACCUCUCGCUCGAGAACUCGCGCUGCCGCGACUACAUCACCGAGAAGUUCUUCCUGGCGCUCAACAGCAGCCUCGUGCCGGUCGUGUACGGCGCGCGGCGCGAAGACUACGCCGCCGUCGCACCGCCGCACUCGUUCAUCCACGUGGACGACUUCGAGAGCGCGCGAGAGCUGGCCAGCUACCUGCGCUACUUGACGGCGCACCCGGCGGCGCUGGACGCGUACACGGCCUGGCGCGGAGAGUACCGUGUGCGGGGAGCGGUCCACGACAGCUGGUGCAAACUCUGUGAGCGGCUGCACGACGCCAGCGCGCCGCGCAGCACCCACCCCGACAUCAACGCGUGGUGGAAUGGCCCGGACACCUGCUGGUAACCUGCGGGUGUCCCGGCCGCCUGCUGCUGCCUGCCUCGGCGGGCAUGUGUUUGGCACCGGCACCCCAUGGGAAUCAGAAACCAGUCCGGACAUGUGCUAGCACUGACGUCUGCUGGCCGCCUCGUGGCAGUGUGGAUGUAUACCGGCGAUGCUUAAUGUCGCGCUUGAUGUGAGCGUGCCUCGCGCAGCACGUGGACAUGGAGCGCGCCUGUCUCUGACGUUAAUCCGGACGUGAGCGCGAGAACUCCUGACGUCAGGGAUCGCGCGGGCUGGGAGUUCUUCAGCGGGUCGGCUCAACUCCUCUGAGUUGCGCAGCUGACCGGGUGAACCCCAUCCUCACCGUCGAGCUUCGUGACUGAGGUGAACCAUGAGCUUAGCCCCACCGUCAAGCUACGCGACUGGAGUGAGCCCCGAACUUUGCUCCGCCACGGGCUCCGUGACUGAAGUGAACCCCGAACUUUGCUCCGCCAUCAGGCUCCGUGACUGAAGUGAACCCCGAACUUUGCUCCGCCAUCAGGCUCCGUGACUGGAGUGAACCCCGAACUUUGCUCCGCCAUCAGGCUCCGUGACUGGAGCCCAAAAGCGCAGAGAACGAGGCGAGCCUCCAGGGCAUUUGGAACUUCCACAUGGCGUCACAGUGGCUGAGAAGGCGCCGGAGAGGAGGCCAAGUCACGUAGUCCGGACGGUGGGCGUUGGGCGUGUUGACAGGUAGUCUCCGUCGUGGCUAAUAACUGCAAAGCGUUCAUGGCCGCAUGUAACGAGAUUGUUUUAUGCCUUGUGCAGGGCCUCUGCUGGUUGUGAGCUGUUGCCUUUUCAGAUCGCUGUAGGUAGCAAACAGGUGUGCUACGGUGUUCUAGACGGUGGUACGACAUUCAGGACGCCCGGAAGUCCUUUGACACCGCGCUGCAUGCGGCAGAAUAGCGUAGAUGUGACCUCACGAACACGAGACGUGUCUAGUACAUUCCAUUUCUUACGACUGAGUUCCGGUAAUCUUACCGGUGGUAUGAGAUUCUUUCAUUAGGUGGUUUCUUACGCAAAUUGAUUUUCGUGCAUAUUUCCGUAUUAUGAUAUGUAACGCACCCGAACUUUUAAAGGAUGUCACGAUAGAGGCAUUUCACAGCCAUUUUUUUCUGGAUUUCCGCAACCUGUGGAACCUAUUCAGCAUUCUGGCUUGUCAACACCCCCGGCUCUCCGGACAAUCUCCCGCCUGACAACGGCUCUUAGGAUAAUCCCCCUCUUGACUCCAGCUGUCCAGCUUUCCGGAAAAUCGAAAACCUGACACCAGCUUUCCGGGCAAUCUACCGUCUGACACCAGCUCUCCGGAUAAUCUCCUGUCUGACAUCAGCUGUCUCCGAUGUUCACCUCCUAGUCACCUCCCUCAUCAUCAACAUCGGUCAGCCCAGGGUUGUCUCGUUAUCCCAGCCGACAUUCCGCGUGUCUCAGCUGUGCUACCGCGCCAGCGAGGAGACAUCAGGCUGACCUGGCUGAUUGAGACUGACUGAGACAAGGUCAGGACGUCGAUGCGAAUGUUUCUACCUCAUGCGCUCCGGAUCCUAAGCACUUUGACAAACUCCUUCCGUCCUGGCUGUUUCACGAGCGGUGCCCACCUUUCACCGCAUCGUGGCCAGCAGAGUCGGCUUUCGUCGAUGUAGACGGAAAUUCAGCGCGCUUUGCGUUGGUGUUCGACUCUCGGGAGGACACGGCGAACAUCUGUUCGAGCCGACAAGGAUGCCCAGUUUUUUGUUGUGACUGUCGAGCCAGUGUCGCUGUUGCCUUAAUAGACAGAGGCCAGAGUUGCUACUGCUUUACGUUGCCGAGGACCACACUGAGAUGCGGGGCGUAGUUUCACAAGAUGAGUUGGGGUUGGGGGCUGGGCAGUGAGAAAUAACGCAGCAUACCCCCAAAAUUCGCCCACAGCCGGGUUUCUUCCCCGGAUUCGGCCCACUUCUUUGUCAAAGUUAGGGAAGCCGGAGCCCCGGUCCCGGAGGCUAACGCCCCCUUCCCCAACUGAAUAGGAAACUACACCUCUGCUGAAAUGUGCCGUGCGUCUGUGAAGAGACUCUGGUUACUGUUGUUGGAACAAAUGUUUAUUUUCACGCAUGUUCAGUAUUUCUGUAGCUUUGUACCAUGAUAGAUUUAUAACUGAACGGUUAGAUGUUGAUAACUGUUGUGGUUUUAGUAUAUGUCGUGCUUGUAAGCUCGUAACGUGUGUGUCGAUGAUUUUAGUAUAUGUUGUAGUUGCAAGCUCGUAACGUACGCGUCCUGUCUUUGUGCCUGCGUGUAUGUGUCUUUGUGUGUGUACGUGUUCUCGGAAAGGCUUAUACCUGCCUCUUAUCCCUCGCUGACCUUCCAGUCUGGACAUUGCGACGCGUAGUACCCAUGUCAUCGCGUGCUUCAAUUUGUGAUUGCAAGUCAUUUUGAGGAGGUAUAGAAAUGACGUAUGGUCCACGACCUCUCGCUGAAACGCAACGCUUUGUCGAUCGCCAUAUCUAUCCCACCAAUCUCUGCACGUGAGUUUUGUUAGUGGGGCCCUUUGAAUGACUCGACUAGAGAAGCUGCUAGUCGAGCGAGGGAUGCCAUCUAAGCCAGGUUGUUCCCCGGUCCUGUGACCAUAAUUUCAACUGAGAUAUGAUCGACCUUAUACAAGGUUCAGCAUGCAGGAUAUGACAUCAUUAGGCUCAGGUAUAUAGUUGUUACGUUUUUUGGCACACAUGAUCGUGCCACUCUAAAGGGAAUCAUACACUCGAUUUAUGGUGCAUAAAUCUGAUCAUGUACUAGUAGGUACGACUUACAAAUAAACAAAGAUAUGUACUCAUACUGCAGAGGUACUUUCCAGUUCCGACAAGACCUCGGCUCAGAAUGGCGCGAAUAAAGGUAUUCCAAUAUGAGUUUUAACGGAAAUAUCAGCGCUGUCUGCAACCGUACUGGUUUGCAAAUGGCCCAAAUUGCAAAAACCUUAUCGUCAAGAAUGGCACAAAGACGCUAACCCCUCUUGAGCUUGUUUUAACCAAAGUUUAAACGCGGCCUCCACCCGCCCGAUGGCUUUCGACGGUGACGGUGCCGUCCGCAAUGUCAACUCAGCUGCAAGCGUAUUUGUCCUUAGCCGCACGGCCGAAUCAAGGGUUUUGCCCACAAACCACCAGGUGUCGCUCGUGGGGCGUGCAAACCACCAAGUGUCGCUCGUGGGGCGUGCAAACGACGCCAGCGCGGCGACGGAAACGUGCCGAUAAGCUUAACGAGCCCUUGGAUUUUGUUCCCCUUGGAGCGUAGCCACGAAAACUGACUGUUUUUUUUUUUAAUUUUGGGAGCACGUCAGCAGCGACGCAGGCCUGCCAGACGUUUCCGCGGACUUCAUUGCCGCCGUCAGCGACCUCGAGGCUAGUUUCAAAUUUCACUUCAUGGAAUGAGCCCCUUGAACCGCUGCCGGUUGAGCACAUGCCAGUCCCGAAGAGUACAGUGCGAGCUGUCGUCAUUCAGGGUGCAUCAUGACCCUGGUCGUGAGAGAAGCCUCCAGAAGUAUGGCUUGGGUUGGCGAUCAGAUUCCCAAACAACUAUUUUAACUGCUUCCAGCGGCUUUAGUGACUUUCUGGUGAAUGGGGACUGAGGUCAUUUGGGGACUUCCGUUGGGGACUGUUGGGGAUUCCUGGAUUCCAGGAUUCCUGUUGGGGACUGAGGUCAUUCAGAAACCAUCCAGUGUCAUGAACUAAGUCUAUUCGGUCAUCGCGAUUCAAGUUAUGUGGUAUUAAGUCGCAACGGUAAGGACGCAACCGUACGAAACUCUCCUCCGAUGACAUCAUCCUUGCGUUAUAAGGAAUUCAAUAUAUAUAUAUAUAUAUAUAUAUAUAUAUAUAUAUAUAUAUAUAUAUAGCAAUUAAAGGUGCAGAAGGAAAUGUGUUUAGAAAAAGAGGGUACAAAUUUAGAAUUCGAUAGCCAGUGGUUCGCCCGGCCUAUCCCGCCCCUGCUGCAACCAGAAACCGGAGACGAUUGACAAUUGCAUCCGCGCCUUAAACAGCUCAGCUUUUUGUUUCGUGCGUGUGCGAAAGACGGUGCGAGCCAGUUGCUAAGUGUACUCACGUGGUGCAUGUGACGCCUGCGACAGAAACAUUAUUUUUAGAAAACGGUGUGGUCUGAAUGUAAUACACGCCGAUACUCGAACGCU